AUGGCGGCCACAAUGCUCGCGGUGGCAUUGGCCGUGGCACUGGCCGCCGUCGACGUCUCGGCUGCGCCCCGCAGCAUCCACUCGGCGGCGCCGUGGGAGCGGGUGGACGAGGAGGUGCGGCAGCUGUACGAGGCGUGGAAGUCAAAGCACCCGCCGUGGCCGCCGCGCGGCAACGACGACGACCUCCUGCGGCUGGAGGUGUUCCGCGACAACCUCCGCUACAUCGACACCCACAACGCCGAGGCCGACCUGGGGCUCCACGGCUUCCGCCUCGGCCUCACCCCCUUCGCCGACCUCACCCUGGAGGAGUUCCGCGGCCGCGUCCUCGGCUUCCAGCAGAGCCGCCGCAACGACACGACGGCAGACGACGCCACCGACGGGCGGAGCACCCGCUUCGACCUGAACAGCGCUGGCGAGCCGCAGCCCGUCCCAGCCGCCGUCGACUGGCGCAAGAGCGGCGCCGUCACCCGCGUCAGGAACCAAAGCACAUGCGGUGGGUGCUGGGCAUUCUCGGCAGUGGCGGCAAUGGAGGGCAUCAACAAGAUCGUGACAGGUAAGCUCGUGGAGUUGUCGGAGCAGGAGCUGAUCGACUGCGAUCACAAGAGCCAUGGCUGCAGCGGCGGACGCAUGGAUUACGCUUUCCAGUGGGUUAUCAGCAAUGGCGGGAUCGACACCGAGGCCGACUACCCCUUCACCGGACGUGACGGCACUUGUGAUGCCAACAAGAUAAAGAAGAAGGUUGUGUCCAUAAGUUCGUACAAGAGGGUGUUGCCAGCCAACAAUGAGAAGGCGUUACAGGCGGCGGUGGCCCAUCAGCCUGGUGUCUUCGACGGCGUAUGCGGGACGAAGCUAGACCACGGCGUCACAGCGGUGGGCUAUGGCAGCGAGAAUGGCAAGGAUUACUGGAUCGUGAAGAACUCGUGGGGUACCAGAUGGGGCGAGGCCGGCUACAUCCGCAUGAGGCGCAACGUGGCCGCGCCCACGGGCAAGUGCGGCAUCGCCAUGGAUACCUACUACCCGGUCAAGAAUCGCCCCAGGGCAUACAGGACUGCACAGUCUGCGCUGGAGCUAGAGAUGGUUCUGGCGUAA